AUGCCCGCCCGCGAUCCAUACGCGUGGAACAUGGUUCUCACGGCAAAUGCCCAGAACGGGCAUCUUGUGGAAUCGAUCGAGUUCUUCGAGAAGAUUCCGGAGAGAGGAAUUGUUUGCUGGACUGCACUGCUCCAGGGAUUCGCGAGAGCGAAAGAUUUGCAGCAGAGCACCGCGAUAUUCGCUGCAAUGCCCGAGAGAAACGAUGUGACUUGGAACAGUCUCAUUGUAGCAAAUACCCAAGCCGGGGAUUUGCAAGGAGCGAGGGAUUCGUUCUCCAGGAUGCCGUGCUGGGGGAUCGUGACAUGGAACUGUAUGAUCAGCGCGCUCUCGCAGUAUGGCGAGGUGGAUCUCGCGAAAGAGAUCUUCGACGCUAUGCCGGAGCAAAGCAUCGUCUCCUGGAACGCGAUGAUGAAUGGGUUCGUCCAGAAUGGAUUCGUGGAGGAGGCGCGCGGGCUGUUUGGCCAGAUCCCGGAGCGCGGGAUCGUCUCGUGCACGAACGCGAUCCAGGCGUUCGCCAGCUGCGCGGAUUCCAGCGGCCGGAUCUUCGCGACGAUGCGGCAGCGCAACGAGAUCUCGUGGAACGCGAUGAUCCAGGCGUGUGGAACCGCGGGGCGAGUGGACGACGCCACCAGGGUCUUCGAUCUGAUGCCGGCGAGGGAUGUGAUCUCCUGGACGGCGCUCUCCACCGCGCUGGUCAACAGUGGCGAUCUGGAGGGGGCGCGGUGCUGCUUCGAUCGAAUGCCCAGUAGGGACGUGGUCACCUGGAACUCGCUCCUCACGGGAUUCGCGAACAAGGCCAUGGCUGGCGACGCCACCGAUCUCUUCCAGAAGAUGCCCUUCUGGGACUCCUUGUCAUGGAACUCGAUCGCGCAGGCUUUCGCCGAGAGUGGCGAUCUCGCCACUGCCAAGGAGAUCUUCGCCUGGAUGCCCUCCACGAACAUCUUCUCGUGGACGAUCCUCCUAGCGGCGUGUGCGCAGGCUGGGAGCUUCGAGGAUUCGAGGGCGCUCUUCGAUGAGAUGGAGCAGCGCAACGCUGUCGCGUGGAACGCGCUCAUCACGUCCUAUGCGCUGGGGCGCCAGUCCGAGCUCGCGGAGCAGUGCUUCGCGAAGAUCCCCUACUGGACGAUCGUUUCCUGGAAUGCGAUUCUACAGGCUUACGGGGAAACAGGGCGCACGGCCUCCGCGAGAGAUCUCUUCGCCAAAAUGCCCAAAAGAGAUCUUAUCUCGUGGAACAUCCUCCUCACAGCAACUGCCCAAGGUGGGGAUUUUCUGUACGGUAGAUCUGUUCUUGCGAAGAUCCCGGAAGCAAGCGUCGUGUCGUACACUAUUUUGAUCACCGCAUGCGCAGAGAAGGGUAUGAUUCUUCUAGCAGAAGAUUUGUUCCUCCAUACUCCUGAGAAUGACGUGGCGUCUUGGAACGCUUUGAUAUCAGCAAAUGCCCGGCAUGGGCAAAUGCGUAAUGCCAUCGAUCUCUUCAAGCGCAUGGAUCUCGAGGGCGCGAGGCCGGACGGGAUCACAUUCGUGGGGAUCCUUAGCGCCUGCGCUGCCAGCGGCGAUCUUGCUACUGGUAAGCUGAUCCAUCACAGCGCUCUCGAGGGAUCAUCGCUAGACGAUCCCGUGCUGGCCACCGCGCUCCUCGACAUGUACAGCAAGGCCGGCGAUCUGGGCGCGGCGAUGGCGAUCUUCGCGGCGAUGGCGCAGAGGGACGUGACGGCCUGGAACGCGAUCGUGGCGGCGUGCGCGCGCAACGGGCGAUUCGACCGCGCGGAGCGCUUCUUCUGGGUAAUGGCGGCCAGGGACGUGAUCUCAUGGACGUCGAUGAUCGCGGCGUUGGCGCAGAGCGGGCAGAUCGAUCGCGCGCGCUUCGUCUUCGAUGAGAUGCCGGACAAGGAUCUCGCGGCGUGGAACGCGAUGGUCUCGGCCCACGCCCAGCACGGCGAUCCAAGGUCCGCGCUCAAGCUCUUCCGGCUCAUGGACCUCGAGGGCGUCCACCCGGACGAGAUCACAUACGUUUGCGCGCUUGAUUCGUGCUCCACCCUCGCGUCGCCCAGCACGGGAAAGAUCAUCCAUGAGGAUCUCUCCGCCGAUGGGCUGGAAUCCGCGAGCGUCGUCGUGACUACCGCGCUGCUCACAUAUGCCCAGAAUGGGCAUCCAGUCGAGGCAUUCGAUCUGUUUGCUCUCAUGAUCCAAGAUGGCGCGCGCGUGGAUCAUAUCACGUUCCAGUGCGUGCUGUUUGGAUCCAGCCACGCUGGGUCGCUGGAGAUGGCGAUCAAAUACCUCUCGUGGAUGAUGGGCGAUUUUGAUUGUGCUCCAUUGCUGCCACACUUCAUAUGCGUGAUUGAUCUUCUCGGGCGAUCUGGGCGGCUCCGGGAUGCUGAGGAGCUGAUCUACGCCAUGCCCGUGGAGCCUGACGAUGUGGCAUGGAUGACGCUGUUAUCGGCGUGUAGCAGCCACAAGGAUAGAUCACGAGGAGGACGAGCUGGAACGUCGGUUCUCAAGCUAGAUCCUUGUAACUCAUCGCCAUACGUUCUCCUCUCUAACAAUUCAGUGUAG